AUGGGGCUGUCUCAGAUCUAUUCCUUGCUUACGGAGCAGAUCCCCAUGACGCGAUUCCGUGAAGUUGCAACGCAAGCUCUCCUGGCUUCUAAUAUAGCUACCGGCUCUGGGCGACACAUUGAUUUGAGUGACGUGAAAUGGACUCUCUCUAGCCCUGCUCUCAACAUUACAGUGCCGGCCUCUCUUCCUUCGCAUGUCCACCUGGACCUGUUCAAAGCAGGCGUAAUUGACGACCCUUAUUAUGGAUUGAACGAGAUCGACCUUCAAUGGGUGCACCAAGCAGACUGGACAUAUACGAGUGAUCCAAUUCCAGACUUAUUGGAAGAAUACGAAUCAACCUGGCUUGUGUUUGAGGGGCUUGACACGUUCGCUACUGUCACAUUCUGCGGAAAGCAUAUUGCCUCCACGAACAACCAAUUCCGCCAAUACUCCUUUGAUGUUUCCACGUCUCUGAGAGAGUGUACCGAAGACCCAGUUAUCCGAUUAGAUUUUGCAAGUGCUCCGAAGACUGUAAACGCAAUCGCCGCCGAUCAAAGCACGCCAGUAUGGCCUGUCCAACUGACUGCUCAACUGCCCAAUCGCUGGCUUAUGCGCAAACAGCAGUCAGACUUCGGCUGGGACUGGGGUCCUGCCUUUGCCCCUUCUGGUCCGUGGAAACCGGCGUACGUUGUCCAGCUGGAAAAGUAUGUUUAUGUCUUGAACACGGAUCUGGAUAUCUACAAACAAGGAGGCAUCAACUAUCUUCCGCCCGACCAAGACCAACUCUGGGUUGUCAACGCCAGCAUAGACUUUAUAGGAAGUCUCCCUUCCGAGAGCCAAAUGUCGAUAGAGAUCGCGGACCUCGAAUCUGGCGAGAUACUCGCGAGCCAAAAUGCCGAUACUCUUAACAUCGCAGGGACUACUGUAACCGGCGUAGCGACGCUUAGAGACAUAUCCCCAAAUCUAUGGUGGCCCUCUGGCCUUGGGGCUCAAAACUUAUACAAUGUUACGAUUACUGUCCAUGGCCCAGCGGAACAGACUAUUCAAGUCACAAAGAGGACAGGGUUCCGAACCAUCUUCCUCAAUCAGCGGAAUAUCACCGACACUCAGUUAGCCCAGGGCAUUGCCCCCGGUGCAAACUGGCAUUUUGAGGUCAACGGAAAGGAGUUCUAUGCCAAAGGCUCCAAUUUUAUCCCGCCUGAUACAUUCUGGCCCCGAGUAACCAAGGAGAAGGUGACUCGACUAUUCGACGCCGUUGUCGCUGGGAAUCAGAACAUGCUCCGGAUCUGGUCGUCCGGCGCAUAUCUGCCUGACUUCAUCUACGACCUGGCGGACGAAAGGGGUAUUUUGCUGUGGAGUGAGUUUCAGUUUAGUGACGCGAUGUACCCGGUGAAUGAAGACUUUCUGGACAACGUCGCCGAGGAGGUAGUAUACAACGUGCGCCGAGUGAACCACCAUCCAUCUCUGGCUUUGUGGGCCGGAGGAAAUGAGAUCGAGAGUUUGAUGCUUCCAAUGACCCGAGAUGCCGCCCCCGACCACUACCCCAAGUAUCUCGCCGAGUACGAAAAGCUGUAUAUCAGUCUGAUUCUACCGUUGGUCUACGAAAAUAGCCGAUCGAUAUCAUACUCGCCCAGCAGCACUACGGAAGGGUACCUGAACGUUAACCUUUCUGCCCCUGUCCCCAUGACCCAGCGGUACGAGAAGACCGAAGAAGGCUCUUACUACGGCGAUACAGACUACUACAAUUACAACACCGCCGUCUCGUUUGACUUCUCCAAGUACCCCGUUGGGCGUUUCGCCAAUGAAUUUGGCUUCCACAGCAUGCCCAGCCUACAAGCAUGGCGGCAAGUGGUUGAGGAUGAAGACCUGCACUUCAACAGUACCACGGUUGUCCUCCGCAACCGGCAUUAUCCAUCAGAAGGCUACGGCCAAAGCCACAAUUCGUCGCGAGGGAUGGCUGAGAUGACUCUUGGUGUAGAACGCUACUAUCCGAUUCCGGAGUAUUCAGAUCCUGUUGCCAACUUUAGCGCAUGGUGCUUCGCGACGCAACUAUUCCAAGCGGACUUUUAUAAAUCCCAAAUACAGUUCUAUCGGAGAGGGAGCGGAAUGCCUGAGCGGCAGUUGGGCUCGCUUUACUGGCAGCUAGAGGAUAUCUGGCAGGCGCCCACGUGGGCUGGGAUUGAGUAUGAUGGACGCUGGAAGGUGCUGCACUAUGUUGCGCGAGAUAUCUACCAGCCGAUCAUUGUGUCUCCGUUCUGGAAUUAUACUACCGGUGACCUGGAGAUAUAUGUAACCUCAGAUCUCUGGGAGUCAGCAUCGGGGAUUGUCGAUUUGACGUGGUCAACACUUUCUGGAAAGGAAAUUGUGGACAAUGCCGGGACACCUACGACUCUUGAGUUUACCGUCGGCGCGAUCAACACCACAAAGAUCUACAGCACAAACAUCAACGACCUCAACCUGACCGAUCCAAGAAACUCAAUCCUCACUUUCUCCCUUUCCAGCGAAGCCCACCUCCCAAACGCGGACAAGACCACCUCACUGACCCACGAGAACUACUUCACCCCAUCGUCCCCAAAGGACCUGGCCCUUGUCGAUCCGCAGCUCGAACUCUCUUACGAUGCUCAAAGCGGGACCUUCACAGUCGAAGCAAAGGCCGGCGUUUCUCUGUACACAUGGCUCGACUAUCCCGCCGGACUGGUGGGAUACUUUACGGAGAACGCAUUCCUGCUUGUGCCUGGCCAGAAGAAGGAGGUUCGGUUUGUGGUCCAGGAUAGUCCUGAAGAGGAAGAUUGGGCGUGGCAGGAUGAAGUUACGGUGAGGAGUUUAUGGGACCAGAAGGGUAGGUAG